AUGCUAUGCGAAGUUUUAGAGCGCAUUGUGAUGCAAAUCCUGCGGCGGGCGCGUGUCCCGUUAACGGCAAGGCGGAUCUCUGAUGCUCUGGGCGGCGUCGUGUCUGCCGACAACAUCGCCGCGGUCUGCCUGAAGCUGCUGGCGGACGGUCUCAUGGUGAAGUGGGGCGACGACGCCUACGUUCCGAAGUCCAUGACCCGUAUCGUGCCCCGCAAUCUCCUCAUCACGGAGGAAUAUCAGGCGCUUGGCAUGACACUUCUCCGCGUCGCUGAGAAGACGCUGGUGCACUACAUUCCGCAGGAGGCGGAGCACCGUUUUUUUGAGGUCCGCAAGUCGAUGAUUAGCGACAAGGCCGGUCUUGGCCUCUUCCUGCGCUCCUCAAGGGCGCUGCCGCAGGGCGCCGUGGUGUGUGAGUACGUUGGUCGCGUGCUCCACCGCCCGCCGAAGAACUCCCAUCAGGGCGUCUACGUUGUGAAGCUGCGAACGGCGCCCAUCUACGUGGAUGGGGUGGACGAGAACGGCGACCACCUCUCGCUGGCGACCUUCAUCAACGACAACGGCCCCGCCGCCGCCAAUGUCGAGAUGCGGGAAUACGAUAUGCACUCCGGCCGCGUGUUUGUUGUCGCGAGCCGGGACCUUUUCCCGGGCGAGGAGGUUUUGUGCACGUACGGUUCGGGUUACUGGGGCUUCGCCUCCUACGACGAGAUUCUGCGCAACGGGCAUGGCGCGUCCCGCAAGCGAAGUCGCCACGGCGACGACGACCCAACCGGGGACGAGGAGGACGACUUUGGGGAUUUCGUCUUCCCCUGCAGGCGCUGCGGGGAGCAGAUGCCUCGGCGGCUGAUGCCGCUGCACCACCGCACCUGCGGGGACCACUUGGUCUACCAAAAGUUGCUCCACCUGAACUGUCUGCCCUUCAACGACUACACCGCAAUGGAAAACAGGAGCAAAGUGCUGCCGGCGGGGCGGGUACGGGCGCUGCGGCGGGCGAAGCACUUCGUGGACAUGGGGGACCCACAGACUUUUGCUCUUUCCCACGAGGAUGUCGUGGGCGACCUCACCUUCUCAUGGUCUGCUGCCUAG